AUGACCGACGCCCAACCCGAGAUGAAGAUCGAUCCCUCGAGAGCAAAGGCUCUGGUUUCGCAGCUGCAGUCCGUCCAGGAGCGCGUCACCGCCGUCGCUGCGGGGCGAAAUGUCCGCUUAGUGGCAGUUUCAAAGUUGAAGCCAGCCAACGACAUCCUGGCGCUGCACCAGCAGGCCACGCCGUCGCAGGUGCAUUUCGGCGAAAACUACGCACAGGAGCUGGGUCAGAAGGCGGAGAUGCUGCCUAGGAGUAUUCAGUGGCACUUUAUCGGUGGUUUGCAAUCAACACACGCAAAGAAGCUGGCCAAGAUCCCAAACCUCUUCUGCGUCUCCAGCGUAGACACCCUGAAAAAGGUCCAGCUCCUCAACGCCUCGCGCGCGGAGCUCAUCUCUUCGUCAUCGAGCGAUGGUAGCAGCGGCCCCGUGGAGCCGCUCGGCGUCCACGUACAGGUCAACACCUCGGGCGAGGAGUCCAAGUCCGGCGCCGAGCCGGGCCCGGAGACGGUUGCCCUCUGCCGCGCCGUCGAGGAGGAGUCGCCCGCGCUCAAGCUCCUCGGCUUGAUGACCAUUGGCGCCAUCGCGCGGAGCAAGGCUACGACACCCGAGAACGAGAACGAGGACUUUGUGUGUCUCAAGGAGCAGCGGGAUCUGGUUGUCAAGGAGCUGGGCUUGCAGAGGGAGUUGGAGCUGAGUAUGGGUAUGAGUGAGGACUUUGAGGGUGCGGUGAAGUUGGGGAGCGGGGAGGUCAGGGUGGGAAGUACGAUUUUUGGGGAGAGGGGGCCUAAGAGUGAGGCGAAGAUUUUGGUCUAG